AUGUCUCUUUACUCAACUAAAUUCCAUACUUCUUGGUUAGAAAAAUUGGAUUCAGACGGUACUUCCAUCAAACGAUGGCUCAAACAAGGUGCAAAUCCAUCAGCGUUUAUUUGUACCUUAUGUAAAACUGAUGAAUUAUCUUGUAAAAAUAAAGGUUGGGAAUCAGUUGAACGACACAUGAAUAAUAAAAAACAUCGUGAUAAUUUAAAAUUAAUAAAGGAAAAUUCAACAUUUAUUAUUCGAAAUGAACCAGCUGUCACUCAAUAUCAGCAAGGUUCUUCAUCAUCAACUGUCCCAAUGGUAACACUUACUCGUCAAAAUGAGAACAUUAGCUUUACAGAUCAAGUGACACGUGCUGAAGCAUUAUGGGCUAUUAAUACAGCACGUCAUGGAUACAGUUAUCGUUCCUGUGAUGACCUGGGGAAUUUGUUUAGAAGAAUGUUUCCGGAUUCACGUAUUGCAGAACAUUAUAAAAUGGAACAAACGAAACUAUCGUAUGUUAUAUCUCACGGUCUUGGACCAUUUUUCCAUCGUGAUCUUGUACAGGAUAUUAAAAAAUGUGAACGAUUUGUUUUAUGCUUUGACGAACAGAAGAAUUAUCAAAAUAGUGUAGUUACUCGUUAUUAUAAGUCCAUUUUUCUUGGUCAUGCUCCAGCUCAAACGAUUCGAGAUGAUAUUAUGGAUUCAUUUCGAACGGAUGGAAUUGAUAUUAAACAUUUAUUGAUGGUUGGGCGUGAUAAUCCAAAUGUAAACAAAGCAAUUGAGAAACUUCUCGAUACAGAAUUAAAACAAGUUGGUGGAGAAUUACUCAAAUUAGGUUCAUGUAAUAUCCAUGUGAUUCAUAAUGCUUUCAAAUCAGGUACAACAACAUCAUGUUGGCAUGCUGAAGAUAUCUGCAUCGACUUAUGGUCUUGGUUUCAUUAUUCACCAGCACGAAACGAAGAUUUUGUUAAAAUUGCUGAUGAUCUGAAUGAAGCAGUUGAAAAAAAAUAUUCUUUACUUUUAUUCGAUUAUGUUGACAAUAAACAAGGUGCUGAAUUAUUAUUAAUUGAUUAUAAAUUAGCUGAAAAACAAUUCAACGAUAAACAAAUAAAAAUUGAUGUACGAAAUAUUUUGCAUUCAAUCGCUUCAUAUUUAAAAUUAAAUCUUCCAUUGGAUAAUUCAUUCUUGCGUGACAUACAAAUAUUGAGAAUUUCUCGUCGUUCUGAUCCUGAAGGAAGUAAUACCAUUGUUCGUACUGGUCGAUGUGUACUUGGUUUAUUAUCGUCAAAUGAAAUUGAUCUUCUUAGUAAUGAAUGGUUAAUGUAUUCAUUGGAAAUAAUUGAUAAUUCUUGGAUAAUUAAAAGAAAAUAUAAUGAUUUUGAAGGAAAAGAACAUAUUGAAUAUCACGAAAUUGACUAUUAUUGGAACAAGAAUAUACUUAUUAUAUCACACGGCAACAGUGAUGUUGAACGUGAUUUUAGCAUUAAUAGCAAUCUUCUUACCGAAGAACGAACUCUUUUAUCAGAAAAAUCAAUAAAUGGACUUCGUGGUAUUUUCGAUAUUGUUGAUUUUUUUGGUGAUGGAUCAGUACAUAAACUUCAAUCAGAACAAAAAGCAGCUCAGAUGUUACUUGAAGAAGGAAAUCAACGUUUAGAAAAUGCAUUAAAAAAAAGCAAGAGUGGAACAGAAAAAAUAAAAUCUAUUGAUGAAGAAAUGACAAAAAUUAUGGAAGAUGUAUCGGUAAUUCAACAAAAACGAGGUCGUGCUGAACGUGAACAAUUAAAAAAAGAAAAAUAA